AGUACAGUAGGUGGCGGUAAUGCAUCAUUACCCCUUGACUGCCACCCGCAGAUAAACCUCCCGAAGAAGAAGAAGAAGCUCGUCAGCCACCUUCUUAGCUUGUUAGCCAUUAUAGCCGGAACAUUGCAGCUCGUUAGACGGUUUCGGUGAAUGGGAAGUUGCUGUGUUUAAAGCACACGUCUGACGUAUCUACUAGUUACCCCGUUUAAUUUCAUAUUUACGUUGUUAGUCAUCUCGCUAGCUGGUUAAGUUAGCACUAGGCUAGUUGUUUAUGCUAACUAACUAGCUAGCUAACAUCCCCGACCAUGAGCUCACUUAACAACUCCCCCAGUGCCAAAGGACAGGAGGUCUGCUGGACGGAGAAACAGGGGCUGUGGCUUAAUAUUGUCGUGAAAGAAGAGGAGGAAGAGGAGGACGUCACAGUGAAAGGAGAUACAGGAGCGCUCAGAGAGGAAGAGGAGGACGUCACAGUGAAAGGAGAUACAGGAGCGCUCAGAGAGGAAGAGGAGGACGUCACAGUGAAAGGAGAUACAGGAGCGCUCAGAGAGGAAGAGGAGGACGUCACAGUGAAAGGAGAUACAGGAGCGCUCAGAGAGGAAGAGGAGGACGUCACAAUGAAAGGAGAUACAGGAGCGCUCAGAGAGGAAGAGGAGGAAGAGGCGGAUGUCGUUUUUGGAGUGAAGGAGCAGGGGGAGGUUACUGUCACAUUGGAAAAUGAGGAGGGAAAAACUGGAGAUCUGAUGAACACCGGAGAGAGGCCAGACUUUCCCUCUGACAGUGGGAAGAGUCCCUCAGGGGACCCAGAGACACCCAAACCAGUGAGACCACACCACUGCUCCCACUGUGGAAAGACUUUUACCUGGUUAUCAAAGCUGAAAGAGCACGAGAGAACACACACUGGAGAAAAGCCUUACCAAUGUGCCAUUUGUGGCAAGACUUUUACCCAGUUAGGGGGCUUUCAAUAUCAUGAGCGGACACACAGAGAAAAAAAUACCUACCACUGCUCUCAGAAUGGAACGACAUUUACCCAGUUAGGGAACCUGAAAAAGAACGACAGAAUUCUCACACAGGGAGAGAAGACAAACCACUGCUCCCAGUGCGGAAAGAGUUUUAAAUGGUUAUCCAAGCUGAAAGAGCACGAGAGGACCCACACAGGAGAAAAGCCUUUCCAAUGCUCCCAUUGCGAAAAGAAAUUUAACCAGUCAUCGCAUCUGAAAGAGCAUGAGAGAAUACACACAGGAGAGAAGUCUUUCCAAUGCUCCCAGUGUGGAAAGGGUUUUACCUGGUUAUGGAACCUGAAAACACACGAGAGGACACACACGGGAGAAAAGCCGUACCAAUGCUCCCUGUGUGGAAAGACUUUUACCCAGUUAGGGGGCUUUAAAUAUCACGAGAGAACACACACAGAAAAAAAGAGCUACCACUGCUCUCAGUGUGAAAAGACAUUUACCCGGUUAGGGAACCUAAAAAAGCAUGAGACCAUACACACACAGGAGGAGACGAUACACACACAGGAGGAGACCAUACACACACAGGAGGAGACCAUACACACACAGGAGGAGAAGGCUCCCAGUGCGGAGAGACUUUUAGUCAGUUAGGGAACCUGAAAGAGCAUGAAAUAACACAUUAAGGAUAGAAACCAGGGGCGAAGUCGCCACCUGGUAAUUCUGGCAAAUGCCAGAUGGGCUGGACAAAUUUUUUAGUUGAGUGGUUAAAAUUCACACACAUGUAUUUCAAAAAUAUAUAUAUUAAAUACAAAAAUGAAAAAGGUGACAUGGCCUGCAGCCUAUGGACCUGUUCAUAUAUAUUUUUGUGCAAUUUCUCAGUUACACUAAUGAGCCUUUGGCUGGUCAGUGCAGUAGAACCUUCACUGGGCAACGGCCGACCCCCCCUACCAAGUUGUGCUGGCCAAUUUUCCCAUUCAAAGUAAAACGCGGCAUCAGCAUAGAGACGGGCUCCGACUGUCAUCAGUAAGACAGCCAAUAUAGACUGUCAUCAGUAAGACAGCCAAUAUAGACUGUCAUCAGUAAGACAGGAAAUAUAGAUUACAGUAGCAGAAGGCUACAACCUUCUCUGGCUGUUGUAACUAAGGAUAUUUCUGUAGCAGAUGGCUACAACCUUCUCUGACUGUUGUAACUAAGGAUAUUUCUGUAGCAGAUGGCUACAACCUUCUCUGGCUGUUGUAACUAAGGAUAUUGCAGUAGCAGAAGGCUACAACCUUCCCUGUCUGUUGUAACUAAGGAUAAUACAGUAGCAGAAGGCUACAACCUUCUCUGGCUGUUGUAACUAAGGAUAUUGCAGUAGCAGAAGGCUACAACCUUCUCUGGCUGUUGUAACUAAGGAUAUUGCAGUAGCAGAAGGCUACAACCUUCUCUGGCUGUUGUAACUAAGGAUAUUGCAGUAGCAGAAGGCUACAACCUUCUCUGGCUGUUGUAACUAAAGAUAUUGCAGUAGCAGAAGGCUACAACCUUCUCUGACUGUUGUAACUAAGGAUAUUGCAGUAGCAGAAGGCUACAACCUUCUCUGGCUGUUGUAACUAAGGAUAUUGCAGUAGCAGAAGGCUACAACCUUCUCUGGCUGUUGUAACUAAGGAUAUUACAGUAGCAGAAGGCUACAACCUUCUCUGACUGUUGUAGCUAAGGAUAUUACAGUAGCAGAAGGCUACAACCUUCUCUGGCUGUUGUAACUAAGGAUAUUACAGUAGCAGAAGGCUACAACCUUCUCUGACUGUUGUAGAUAAGGAUAUUACAGUAGCAGAAGGCUACAACCUUCUCUGGCUGUUGUAACUAAGGAUAAUACAGUAGCAGAAGGAUACAACCUUCUCUGACUGUUGUAACUAAGGAUAUUACAGUAGCAGAAGGCUACAACCUUCUCUGGCUGUUGUAACUAAGGAUAUUACAGUAGCAGAAGGCUACAACCUUUUCUGUCUGCAAGGAUAUUAUUGGGGCAAAAUGAUCUGCGUUUUAACCACAUGUUUACAUUUGUGAUGAUGUAAUCUUUAUAGUUAUGCUGCCAGAUUUUAGCCAGAGAUGCUGAAAAAGAACACUACUAUUUUGACUGCUUGUAAUGAUGCUGAUAACAGAACAUUAAAUGACUAUUUAGACUGCCUGUCUGUGUCUUGUAAUGAUGCUGAUAACAGAACAUUAAAUGACUAUUUAGACUGCCUGUCUGUGUCUUGUAAUGAUGCUGAUAACAGAACAUUAAAUGACUAUUUAGACUGCCUGUCUGUGUCUUGUAAUGAUGCUGAUAACAGAACAUUAAAUGACUAUUUAGA